GAUCCCAUGCCCAUGUCCCAUUCGAGCUGCGGACGCCGCCCAGUGAAGAGGUGCCAUCGAACACAACACUGAAGUAUCUGUGUAUAUCAAUCGAUUCUCGAACUGCCGAUCGCCUUCAUAAAAACAAUUAAUCUAAAUUGCGUGCGUUGGCACGUUGAUACGGACCAAGUGUUGCGCGCGAAAAACGUAUUGAGGCGCCUCCCGCGGGUGGAACCCUACCGCGAUCUACUGCGAGAUGUAAACAAUCGGUUGCUCCUCUGCCGGACAGAGUUUGUCCAUUUAUCCGAGAGUGAUGUGAUAACAGUUGUCUGCUGUAAACAAGAGCAUGAUAAGAGUCUGAAGGCAAGAUUUGCAAACGAGAACACCUAAUUGAAUUGAGUCGUUUGUCGAAUCGGACGUACAAAACUAUGUGAUAACUGAGUGGUUCUACAACUGAAGAAGACUAAUUGUUCUCCGAUCAGGGUAGUCUCGAGUUUCGGCUAAGUGAUUGAGUGUAGAAACGUGAUCAUCACGAGAUAGCAGUCUCCGCUUCCACUGGUUCAUGGUCAUCGAAUCGUAUUUUGAAUGAACCUUUUAGAUAGUCGUUGCGACUAACAGUUUGAAAGAUCGGAAGUGUGAAUAGUGAGUGUAAGACAGUCAUUUGUUGACGAUUAUGGAAACGGCUAGAACACUUUUUUGGGCUUGCACCAUCUUGCUCACCCAAAGCAUAAUCAGGGGCAACACCAUUGAACAUGCACAGCGACCUCACAUCAUCAUCAUCAUGGCAGAUGACAUGGGCAUUGAUGACGUGAGCUUCCACGGUUCGAAUCAAAUCCUUACGCCCAACAUUGACGCGCUAGGCUACGAUGGUAUCAUCUUGAAUCGACACUACACGGCUCCCAUGUGUACACCAUCGCGAGCUGCCCUGAUGACCGGUAGGAACCCCAUCAGUACCGGAAUGCAACACUUCGUUAUCGAUUCUGACGAACCGUGGGGACUCGGAUUGGAUCAGAAAAUUAUGCCGGAAUACUUCAGGGAAGCCGGCUACCGGACUCAUCUGGUAGGAAAAUGGCAUCUGGGAUUCUUCACCAAACAGUACACGCCCACAAUGCGAGGAUUUGACACGCACACAGGCUACCUCGGACCAUUCAUUGACUAUUGGAAUUCCACGUCGAAGAUGCCUUAUAGAGGAUACGCUGGGUAUGACAUGCGCCAAAACUUGGAAGUGGAUUUUAACACGAGUGGAACAUACAUAACGGAUCAUUUCACGGACGCCGCCAGUUCUAUUAUCCUGAAACAUAAACCAGAAGAGCCUCUGUUUCUGAUGGUGAACCAUCUAGCCCCACAUGCUGGUAAUGAUGACGAUCCGCUGCAGGCACCGGACGAGGUUGUCCAGCGGUUCAAACAUGUCUUUGACGGCGAUCGGCGCACAUAUGCAGCCAUGGUAUCAAAACUGGACGACAGCGUAGGACAAAUAUACAAAACUUUGCAAUCGAAGAACAUGCUUCAGAACUCGAUCAUCCUGUUCAUGUCAGACAAUGGAGCACCCGCGGUAGGCCUGCACACCAACUCCGGAUCAAACCAACCACUUAGAGGGCAAAAGAACUCGCCCUGGGAAGGUGCAACGCGAAACGCCGCGGUUAUUUGGAGUCCUCUUCUCCGGGAACGGCAACGAGUUUCCAACCAGUUUAUUCACAUCAGCGAUUGGUUGCCUACGCUCGCAUCCGCUGCCAACGUGCCGUAUCCGCUCUAUGAUUUGGGAAUCGAUGGAAUCGAUCAGUGGGAAGCAUUAUCGUACGAUACCGGAAGCCCGCGCAAGGUUGUCCUCAAUAUGAUCGAUGAAAUAUUCGGCUACAGUAGCUAUAUGCAAGAUGGGUUUAAAUAUGUUAACGGGACUACUCUCAACGGGAAUUAUGAUGAGUGGUUCAAACAAUCAAGCGUCAACGACACUAGCCUCACCGACGAAGAGUACAUUGGAAUGGUAAUGGAAACGGAAAUUAUUCAAUCAUCCACAGAGUUGUUGUCGAAAGAUUUGAUAAAACACUUGAGAAGGCACGCUCGAAUCAAUUGCGGCAGAAGGCCAGCCGAGACGAACGACUGCAAUCCAUUGAUUAGGCCCUGUUUGUUCGAUGUGAUCAAUGAUCCUUGUGAGUUAAACGACAUCUCACACAAAUAUCCCGGCAAGCUUCAAGAACUCGCUGCCAUCGUAGAACUCUACCGUUCCAAAGCUGUCAAACCACGCAACAAACCCGCCGACCCAGCGGCUAAUCCGGCCAAUUUCGGUGGUAUCUGGACCUGGUGGAUGAAUGACGACGAUCUUUUCUACGACCAAGCGACACCUCCUCCGACCCAGACAAGCCUCCCGGAGAGCAUUCAGUUGAUUGUAAUUAUCACAAUUCUCGUUGUUGGCACCCUGUUUGUGAUAGUCGCACUAAUCUAUUUGUCCAAUAAAAACUUGUUGCGAAUCUUUAGGUCGAACAAAAUGAUCUCGACAAAGGAAUCCGCCGAAAGUCAGGCAGGGUCCCAAUCGAGUAUGCCUGAGUGUGACCUUAACCGAGAGAGCGCUAAGGUAUAUUGUAUCAGUGAUAAAAGCUUAAAUGUGCCUUGAGCAAAGCGAAGCUUUAAUUUUUUUUUGUUGAGCGUGACUUAAGGUUGUAUAGUAUAAGUGACUAACAUUAUUCCCUAUGCUGAGUUAGAACUAACCUGGGAUCAAGCUCUUUAUAAACUGGGAACCGCUGUUACCACUGAAUGCACAUUUUUACGAUUUUAUUCCUAUUAGAUUAUAUGAAUUUCCGCAAUAAUACAAUUUCUAGUCAAUAAGAUAUUGUUUCAUGAUAAUAAGUUCUAUAUUAGCACAAAAUGCACGGCGAAAAACUGCACAUAGCUUCUGCGAAAAUGAUU